CGACUGAUCACUGUAACGUAUUCAAUCUUACUGGACAAAUGUGAACAAAAUUACAAUAUGACGACUAAUUGUAUCUGUUAGUUAAAAAUUGUAUGCUUAAAUCUAAAACGAAGUUUUAUAUUAUUGAUAUUUACGAGGGGCGGCGAAGACCGCAUCAGUCUCCUACUUGUAUUCGGUUUCAGGACACAGUUUGUGUAUUUCUUGCCGUAAUGUAACAAUUGACGGCAGUCGAAGCAUUAAAAUCACGAUGCAACGUUUUGUUGGGAUGCUGGACUCCUCCUGACGGCGAUGCAAAUAGCAGAGGACACUGCUAGCUGUUAGCUGUAGCUACAUUGUUGUUAGCAUACUCGCUGCCGCCUAAAAAGCGUCAUUGAACCCAAACCGUCUUCUCCCUCGCUCGGUGACGCAAAGAUGACAUCGGCUUCCACCAAAGUCGGAGAAAUCUUCUCUGCAGCUGGUGCUGCUUUCACCAGACUUGGAGAACUCACCAUGCAGCUUCACCCAAUGGCUGAGUCCAACCCUGCAAGUGGUCAGACAAAGAACCCAGUGAAGAGGAAGUAUGACGAGAUGCCUCGGACCUGCAUCGCCGGCCCACAAAAGGCAGUGAAAAAAGCUGUCGUCUCCGCUGGCGUCGCCAUGGUGACAUCGGGCACUCCCACCGCCACCCUAUCUGUGCCCACGCCUCACGUUGUCACAGCGACAGUCCAGCAUAGCAGCCAGCCCGCCACAAAGAAGCGGAAAAUGGCAGAUGUGACCCUCAGUGCUCUGAAUGACUCGGACGUCAACAGCGAUCUUGUGGAUAUUGAAGGACUGGGCGAAGCAUCCACCUCUAAAAAGAUCAACUUCGAUCAAGAUACCUUAAACUUGGACUCCGGUCUCAUCAUGAACUCCAGCGAUCUUCCUCUGCUGUCCCACUGACCCCCCCCCGAUAAGGAGUCAUCAAGCAAGCAAAGACAUUAGCGCGAACAUUCCUUGUACCGUAUUUAUUAUUGUCUUGCUUUGUGACAUUUCCCUUUUAUUUCUCAAAAGAGAAAAAACAAUUCCAGACGACAGUUUGUUUUGAAUUAUCCAAUAACAGCAAUUUAUUUGUAAAUCUGAGACACUCAGGUGGGAGACACAUUUUCAAGUAAUAACACGGAAUAGAUUUUGCAUGACAUUUUUACUGGGUGGGUACAGUUUUUGCAAGAAUUGUACAAUACGCUAGUGAUACUGUAGUGCAGGUGUGUCCAAAUAUUUUCUACCACACUCCAAAAUUGGUGGGACUUAAAAACAUUUAUAAAGAUGCUAAAAACCAAUCCAAUGUAUGUCAAUAAGAUAUCUUAACAAAACAUACACACUUUUGCAAUGUUGUAUAAGUGACAAAGCAAGUUUGUGUAAUACUAUCAAAUAUUUCAAUUACAUUUUUUUUUGUUGCAAUAUGCAUAAGAAGAAAAAGACAAAAAAUGGCCACACUUGAGACACUCCUAGUGUAAUAAUGUUACGUCAUAGAACUGAUUGCCUACAUGCUGCAUUUUGACAUUAGAUUUUUCACAUUUUCUGAAUACGUAUUGUUUAGAAAAGCUUGCGGUGGUCAAAUUUGGAUUAGGAAAUUAGCCACAUUGUAUGCACACACACACACACACACACGUGUAAAAUAUUCAAACAUGGUAAUAAUUUAAACCAAUGAAAAAAUAAAAUGAGUAAAAAAAUGUCAGUUUUGUGAUAUGUAAUGAAUGUUCUGUGAAAUAAUAGACAUUUUAGGGCUGUUUUUCUUUUGAAGGUGUUUUGUCGAGCGUGUGUGCCUGACUGGAGCAGCACACAACACACUGGUAAUGCACAAACAAGAUACCAGUAAUGAUGUGCUGCUAAAGCCGAACACACAAUCAUGUUUGCUGAACUGUAAUAAGAAUAAUGGAUUUUAUUUGUAUUGCACUUAACAUUUGAAUAACAAAUAGACCCAAUAUAAUCAAGUAACACAUGCUAUCAGAUUACUAGGGGUGUGGGAAAAA